UUGUAUAGUUUUUGAGUAUAAGAAAAUAGGGGAUGUAGGUUAGAAAGUUGAAAGCAAAAGAGAACCAAAUUGAUUUCACCAAGCAACCCUUGUUUUUUGUAUGGUUUGCUUAGACGUUCCAUCAACUAACCCACAUCACAAUUCAAUUGCCUUCUUCUUCUUCUUCUUCUUCUACUAGCAGCCUAUCUACGCUUCUUCAUAGCCAAUCAGCAGAUGUGCUCCAGAGGCCACUGGAGGCCUGCUGAAGAUGACAAGCUGCUGGACCUGGUCCAACGCUAUGGUCCUCAUAAUUGGAACGCCAUAGCCGAAAAGCUUCAAGGCCGAUCAGGCAAAAGCUGCAGGCUGAGAUGGUUCAACCAGUUAGAUCCCAGAAUCAAUAGAAGCCCUUUCACGGAAGAGGAAGAAGAGCGACUUUUGGCUUCCCAUCGGAUCCACGGCAAUCGAUGGUCUGUUAUUGCAAGGCUUUUCCCUGGCCGUACUGAUAACGCCGUUAAGAACCAUUGGCAUGUCAUCAUGGCUCGUAGAUGCCGCCGACAAAGAUCCUCUUCCAAAACUCUUCCUCCUUCCACUUCCACCUCACAUCAACCUCACAUAACAAGCACCACCCUUUUCCCCCACAAUAAUUACAUGCACGCUUUCCCUCCUUACUCUUAUUUCAAACACUUUUACGCACACAAUCCAAACCCUAGUCUUACCACCACUACUCAAGCAAUAGCAGAUACAACCCAGCCAACCGAAUUCUACGAUUUCCUUCAAGUAAAUACAGACUCCAACGAAAGCGAAGUGACAGACAACACCUGCAAGAGAGACGGUGAAGAGGUGGAUCAGGAACAUCAGAAAAACUAUAUACGAUUCACAAAAGGGUGCUCCGUGAACCGUACCAACUCUUCGCCGGAAGUUAAAGACAAAGUUCAAUAUGAAGACAAUAGUUUUUAUUGUUGAGAGUUUCAUUAGUUAUUUGAAGGCCUCAGGGCUCGAAAAAGGAGUCAAUCCCCUCAACCAUCAUUUAUAUCAAUACAUUGUAGGGAAAAACUAAUUGGAAGCUUUGGUAGAUGUUUCCACUGCAUUAAUUGACACACACAGUAUUUAAGAAUGUAAAUGUAAUAUUGAAGGAUUGUAAGUUUUUUCUAUAUGUAGAAAACAGACCACAUGAUUUAUGUGUGCUUGCUAUAAAAAAAAAAAAAUGUUGCUGUAAAA